ACUUCUUCGUGACAACCUGAGGCGAGAAUGGCGGCGUCACAUUCUUCGGUCAGCCGAGGCCACUGUGCUACCCAUGGAGGAAGCCUGGCCAGACCAAAUAAGUGCCGACUCACCUGAAGAUCUACAGGUGCUGUACACCGCCGCCAAAGAUCUGGUGGAUUCGGAGUCUUCCUUCGGACUUCUGCUGAACAGCAAGAGUAGCAAGGCCUUGUUCCAAGACCAACCAUCACAGAGCCAGCAGGCAGUUACACUGGAACAGCUGCUUUUCUUUCCCGCUUCCGGAGAGGAAGCUCGGUGGCUGACCUACUGGCAGCGACAACGACUGCGUUGGUGGCGACAGCUUUCCCGGCGCCCCUGGGCAUUCCAGCUGGAGCAGACGGGGUCCCAAGAAUCACACGUAGUACACGCCGAGUCCGGGCCCCUGGAGCGGCUUUGGAGCCGAGGGCGCCUAGUUGCGUCUGCCGGUAGCCUGGAAACGGCUGCAGAAGCGUUCCUCAGGGACGCCCACCAAGAGGGUCCCCUGGGGCAGGUGCUCUCGCUACAUCCAGCCCUCGCUCCGUUCCAAGCAGCUAUAGCUACGUCGGGGGCUGUGGCUUCCCUGAAGCCAUUGGCCCAGCUGCUACAGAGGCAGCUACGGGGAAUGCUGGCCGUCUACUCCAACCCCAGCCUGGGCAGCUCAGCACCGCUUGACGAUCAGCUGGCUAGAUUUGACGAAAUGGGUGUGGUGGCAGUGGUCAUCUUGGACGAGACGACGUUGAAGACUGGUGUUGCCCACGUUCGACACCGAGAUACAGGCCUGAAGGAGCAAGUCCACGUGACUGACGUGCACAGGAGACUACCACUGUGCCUACAGACUGCAGAGAGUUCCUCCUGAAGCCCUACUUUUCCACGUGGCACACCUGGCUGGCCAGUCACCUAUAUUGCACGACAUCCGAGUGACUGAUUUCUAGCUCAUACAAGUAAAGCUUCCUGCCUACGGUUGACGCUGUCCCUAUAAAGGGUUUUUCAAUAAUGGUGGGUCGAUGUUGAAAUGGAAUAAAACAUGCUGUGUGUGAAGUAUUAACGAAAUUCUUUUUUUAUUAGAAAGGCUCAUGUAUGCCAUUAUCUAUGGAAUAUAACAUCAGUUCAAAUGUCUGCCGUGGCUUCUCACGAUGGUACGGAUCCGAGUGGUCCAAUUUUCAAUGACUCUGCCGCAUAGAUCCGGCUGAGUUUGAGCGAUGGCCUGGGUUAUGUUGACUUUAAGGGCAUCGGUCGAUUGCGGCUUACUGGCAUAGACCUGCGACUUCAGGAAACCCCACAAGAAAAAGUCUAGCGGGGUCAAAUCGCACGAUCUUGGUGGCCAAUUCACGUCACCUCUGUGAGAGAUAACCAUACCUUCAAAUCGUUCGUGCAGAAUGUCCAUUGUGGCAUCCGCUGUGUGGCACGUAGCGCCGUCCCGCUGGAACCACAUGUCGUCUACGUCCAUAUCGUUCAAUGUGGGCCAAAAGAAAUCGGUUAUCAUCGUUCUGUACCACUCGCCAUUGACAGGGACGGCCUCGCCAACGUCGUUUUCAAAAAAUCACGGACCAAUGAGGCCGCCGGCCCAAAAUCCACACCAAGCAGUAACUUUUUGUGGAUGCAAUGCCACCUGGUGAACCUCGUGUGGGCUGGCGUCGUCCCAUAUACGGAAAUUGGGCUUGUUAACAUAGCCAUUCAUUCAAAAAUGCGCCUCGUCACUAAAGAUGAUUUUUUGGCCUAAAUUGGGGUUCUCUUCCUAAACGCUCCGAAGCCCAGUCAGCGAACAAACUGGCGUUGUCUAUGGUCAUUAACUUUGAGCUCCUGGGCCAGUUGGAUCUUGUACGCGUGUAGGCCCAGGUCCCGCCGCAAAAUUCGCCAAGUUGAAGUCUGCGAAAGGUUUAGUUCUGGUGCACAGCGAGGAAUUAACUGCCUCGGUUUCUCCUGCACACUUUCACGGACCACAGCAAUGUUUCCAGCCAAUCUGGCGUUCCUUUGACAUACAGGUGUUGGCUGAUUGUUUACCGAACCGAUCGUUUCGAAUUUUGCUACCAAACAUUGGAGAGUUGACUUUGAAGGGCCACCGCACCGUACCUGCCUUAAAAUGGGCGCAACAUUUGCACUAACGAACAGUUAUUUUGAUAAUAAAGUUUUAUCAUUUGGACGUGCUGCUCAAUCGUGUAACUUGCCAUGGUGAUUUGGCAUCAGUUACCAAAUAAUAAACAACAGAUUAGACAGACGCCACCAAAACAACAUGCCCGCCACAGGUUGUCAACAUCGACCCACCCCAAUUGAAAAACCCGUUAGAUCCCUAAGAUGCAACCAUUAUUCUUUAAUAAACUCUGGUUCCAAUGA